CGGAUCGGUGAAACUAUCAGUAACUAUCGGACUACUUUGCUGAGGGAAUCCCUGCUAGGUGGUCGGGAUAACUUCUGGUCGACUUUAGCUGCGGGACAAGAGCGGACGAAUGCGGUCUCUGCCCCGGUCCUGAGCCUCGGGAGCCGCCGCUUACCUGUGGAGCAAAUGUCUGAACUGGCGAGCAACGGUCUCCGCUCGCACCGUGUUGUGGCGGCUAGCCGUCGACGCUAGCACGGGCGCUAGCUAGCUGUAUGGCUGGCGCUGUAACGAAGGCGAUAAUUAGCUAGCAAGCGGGGCUACGUGCGCUGCUAGUUCGCCACGGACACUUCGCUGUCUGUCCCCCGAUAAAGCCACGUUACGGGGAAUGUGUCGGGCGUCACGUUGAGGAGGAGCAGCAGCAGAUGGAAAUAUAUGGAUUACUCAUCAUGGCUUUCUGAAAUCAUGGAGUGCUUCUCUUCUUAGCAUCAUGCGCGCCGUCACAUCAGACUCCUGCUGCAGAGAUUUCACGUCCUUACGCGUGGAUUUAUCAGGCGGCUUUUAAACGGAUGUUGUCUUUUACCAGCGUGCUUCCUGCUAAAACAUUAACUAUGCGUGUGUGCGGCUCGGAUGUGCCCGCGUAAACACUAGCGUGAAUUCGUGCGAGGAAAGCCCAAAGAAGGAAGUCCAGGACGGGAUAGGCGCACACAAACUACCCGCUCCCAAAGAAACAUGGCCUCGGUGUGGAAGAGACUGCAACGUGUGGGGAAGCAUGCGUCCAAAUUCCAGUUCGUGGCUUCCUAUCAGGAGCUGAUGGUGGAGUGCACGAAGAAAUGGCAACCAGACAAACUGGUGGUGGUGUGGACGCGCAGAAGUCGGCGGAAAUCCUCUAAGUCCCACAGCUGGCAGCCCGGCAUCAAAAACCCCUACAGAGGCGUGGUGGUGUGGCCCGUACCGGAGAACAUCGAGAUCACCGUCACGCUUUUUAAGGACCCCCAUGCAGAGGAGUUUGAGGACAAAGAGUGGACGUUUGUCAUUGAAAAUGAGUCUCCAUCAGGGCGGAGGAAGGCCUUGGCCACCAGCAGCAUCAACAUGAAGCAGUACGCCAGUCCGAUGCCCACACAGACAGAUGUCAAGCUCAAGUUUAAGCCCCUGUCCAAGAAGGUGGUGUCGGCCACGCUGCAGUUCUCGCUCUCCUGCAUCUUCCUCCGUGAGGGAAAGGCCACCGACGAGGACAUGCAGAGCCUGGCCAGCCUGAUGAGCAUGAAGCAGGCCGACAUCGGAAACCUGGACGACUUCGAGGAGGAGAACGAGGAGGACGAGGAGAACCGGGUCAACCAGGAGGAGAAGGCUGCCAAGAUCACAGAGAUAGUAAACCAGUUGAAUGCCCUCAGCUGCUUACAUGGGGAUGAUGAUGAUGAUGAUGAUGGUGGCGUUGCCAAGCGAGCACGCAAAGCAACAGCUAAGCCUGCUGCUUCCUCCCAAGAGCUGAUAAACAAGCUGAACUUCCUGGAGGACGAGGACCCGGACACGGCUCCCGCCAUGAGCAACAACCCCUUCGACGACCCUGACGAAGACCUUCAUUCAAACCACCUCAAUCCAUUCGGUGAUCCAGAUGAGGACGAACCUCCUGCCCAGCCGGUCCUACGGCAGCGGGUCGACGAGGAUCCCUACUACGACCACGAUGCCUCGAAUCCGUUCGACGAGCCGGACGAGCCGGGGACACACACGCCUCCGGGGAACCCCUUCGAUGAGCCCGAGCAGGACAUGGACUCGCAGCCGGACCCAGAACCUCCGAAGCCCCGGCAGAGGAAAGGAGUGCGGCCUGUUGACAUGAGCAAGUACCUGUACGCCGACACCGCUCACAACGAGGAGGAGGAGCUCGACGAAUCCAAUCCCUUCUACGAGCCAAGGUCAUCCAGUCCUGCUCGGUCACCUGCUGGUGGCUCCUCUCUGGAUGCAGGCAGCGGCCAGAAGAGGAGGGCCCCCCCGCCUCCGAGCAGCAGCCCCGGCCUCGGCCCCAGUCCACCACCCCACAAACCCAGCCCCGGUCCAGACAGGGAGAGAGCCCAGCCCGUCGGGCCCAGCCCAGUGGCAGUGGUGAUGGGGAGAGAGCUGGCCUCCUCUUCCCCCAAGCCCAGCCCCGUCCCGAGCCCUGUCCUGGGGGGGAAGCCCAACGCCAGCCAGUCCCUGCUGGCCUGGUGCCGCGAGGUCACCAAGAACUACCGCGGGGUGAAGAUCACCAACUUCACCACCUCCUGGAGGAACGGGCUGGCCUUCUGCGCCCUGCUGCACCACUUCAGACCCGACAUCAUAGACUACAAGUCGCUCAAUCCUCAGGAUAUUAAAGAAAACAACAAAAAGGCCUACGACGGUUUUGCGAGCCUGGGCAUCUCUCGUCUCCUGGAGCCCUCCGACAUGGUGCUGCUGGCCAUCCCCGACAAGCUGACCGUCAUGACCUACCUGUACCAGAUCCGGGCGCACUUCUCCGGCGAGGAGCUCAACGUGGUGCAGAUCGAGGCCAACAGCAGCCGCAGCACCUACAAAGUGGGCGACUUUGAAACAGACACCAACGCCUCCAUCGGCCAGGACAAGUUCUACGCCGAGCUGAACGACGUGCAGCACCGCCAGGCGAACUCUCAGCCCACUGCGUCCGAAGGUGGCGUCGAGUCUAACGGCGCCGAAGCUGCCGAAGGGGAGGCGACGGAGCCGAGCUGGAAGGCCGAGGUAGGAGCGGUUUCGACCAGUUUGCCGGCGCCGGGGCCUUCGCAGUCCUCGCCUCCUGUCCCGUCGCCACGCACAGUAUUAGCCGCCACAGCAACAAACUCGACCCACGCGGCGGCGCCGGGCUCUGAGGACCGGGGGACUCUACUCAAAGCCAACACUUUGGACCUCAGCGAGUUACCGCAGAGAGCCGAGAGGGACGCAGAGAAGGAGAGGCAGCACAAGGACGAGGCGAGAGAGGACAGAGUGGACGGAGGAACCGAACCAGCGUCCCCCACCAGGAGAGGAGCCUCGUCACCUCCGCACCAGAAACUGGGCUUCUCCUACAACAGGGACGCUGAUCUCAUCAAGAAGAAGAGGGCCAGCCUACGUCACUCCGAGUCUGAGCCCUCCACAGACACCAGCUCCCCUCCAGUCAACCACACAGAGAUCCCCAUCAAACAGGAACCCACACCUGCUCCUGUGUCAAGUCCUCCUGCUGAGAAGAAGGUGCUCUCUCGUCAGGAGGAGCUGAAGGAGAGAGCCAGACUCCUCCUGGAACAGGCCCGCAGAGACGCCGCCAUGAAAGCCGGAAACAAGAACGUCCCCAACUCGGCCGUGGCCGCGCCGAACAGGGCUGCAGGUGUCUGUGAUGAGCGGGAUGCAGAGCGGCGGCGACAGCUGAGGGAACGGGCCAGACAGCUGAUCGCCGAGGCCCGGUCCGGAGUCAAGAUGUCCGACAUGAGCCUUCUGGAUGCGUCGAGCACCGACAGAGGCAAAGGCAGCAAGGCUGGUCCUGCUGGAGAUGUUUUGGACAGAGUGAGAAGCCAUCCAGAGGUUGAUGGUGUUGAUGGUGAAAGGGGUGAGGAUGAGGAAGAAGGGAGGGCUGAGGAAGAUCACUUCCACUUUGGUGUUGGUGGUGAUGAUGAUGAUGGUGGUGGUGCUGAUGAUGACGAUGAUGAUGCUGCUGCUGCUGCUGCUGUUGGUGCUGCCACGCCUGCGCUGGUUACUAACCCACUGCCACUGGACGCUCUUCCAACCACCUCCAGCACGCAGGGGCCCCUGGAGCUUACUAACCCCGGCUCUGAGCUAACCUCUCUGGGUACAAACAGUAAGCAUGUGGAUCUGAAGCUGAAGAAGCUGGUGGAGGUCAGCCCAAGAGGAGUCACUUCCCCUUCAUCCCCGUCCUCCACCUCCUCCUCGUCCUCACCCACUGCCUCCUCCACCUCCCCACUCAGCCCUGCAGAAGGACUGGAGAACAACGCUGAGGAGUUACGAGCAGAGCGACUCCGCAGAGCCACGGAGAGGCUGCGAAGCCCGGUGGUCUUCAACAAGGAUUCUGCGGUCAGGAAAACUCAGCUGAAGUCCUUCAGCCAGUACGUGGAGACCAGACCAGAGGUGAAAAGACAGAAGUCUAUCCCCGAGGAUCUGAAGAGGGCCGAGGAGGACAGAGGCUCACCGACGGACAUCGACAUCCGCAGACCGUUUGAAGAAGAGAAGGCGUUCAAAGACACCAGUCAGUAUGUGGUUGGGGAGCUGUCUGCACUGGAGAGCGAGCAGAGGCACAUAGACGCCCGAGCAGCUCGCGUGGAGAAGAGGCUGCGCUAUCUCAUGGACACAGGCAACAACAAGGAGGAGGAGGAGGCCAUGAUGCAGGAGUGGUUCAUGCUGGUCAACAAGAAGAACGCCCUGAUCAGACGACAGAACCAGCUCUCUCUGCUGGAGAAAGAACACGAUCUGGAGAGACGCUUCGAACUGCUGAACAGGGAGCUGAGAGCCAUGCUGGCCAUCGAGGACUGGCAGAAGACCGAAGCCCAGAAGAGACGGGAGCAGCUGCUGCUGGAUGAGCUGGUCAUCCUGGUGAACAAGAGGGACGCGCUGGUCCGGGACCUGGACGCUCAGGAGAAGCAGGCCGAGGAGGAGGACGAGCACCUGGAGAGGACGCUGGAGCAGAACAAAGGCAAGAUGGCCAAGAAAGAGGAGAAGUGUGUCCUUCAAUGAUUGUCAGAAAACACAACCAACAAAUGUAGCCGAUACAAGAAAUGUACCCUCAUCCUCUUCCUCCUCCUCUUCCUCAUCCUCAUCAUCAUUAUUAUUAUUGAUAUUAUUAUUAUUUGAUAGUGGCUUUUAGACAUUUCUAUCAGUUUCUGGUUGGAACCCUGAUGUUCAGAGACUCAAACCCGGCGACACCUUUCUACUAAAAUCCAACUCCUGCAUUUUUUAUUUUGCUUUUUUUUUUUCUUCUUCUUCUUCUUGACGGAGAACGGUACCUGCGUGUAACAUAAACCCGUAAGAGACUGGAGCAGCCGGUGUGGCGUUGGCAUGUGAUGACGCUGCAGCUGAGGUACAGCACAAAGCGGCUUCAGGAGGAUCUGACUUUUUAUUCCCACCAGAAGACGAAGCGGUUUCACUUUUUAAAGGACAGAGAGAGAGAAAAAAAACAAGAGUACCAUCUGUCUUUUGGAGCUUCUUCAUUACUUGACUGUGUAUCUUUUAAUUAUUUCACUUUAAAGUUUCUACUUGUAAAAUAUCUUAACUGGGGAACCGUUCAUAAAUCUCACAUAACUUUCUAUCUUUUGUUGUUUUUUUAAAAUUGUCUUGGCUUGAAAGCAGUUUACCAAAAGAAAUGUUUAAAAAAAAGAAAAUGAUAAAAAACAAAACAAACAAACAAACAAAAAAAACACUUGUGUUGUAUAUUUUCAUCACUGCUCUGACCAACAGCUUCCAAAAUCCUUUUUUGUUUUUUUGUUGUCAGGAUUCAUGCAGUCAAAAAAGAAAAACAACAAAUAUAUAUAUUAUUUAUUGCCGUUUGUCCUCUGAGCUGCUUGUAAGUGAAUCUACAUCACAUUUCAUUCAUGUGCUUUUUUUUUUUUUUCUCAACAAAAAACUUUUUGUUUUGGUUUCUAUUUAUUGUAUUCAGAAGAAGAGAAAUAUGCUUCCACGUGCAUCUCUUAGAGCUCCACAUCUGGUGCAGCUGUUCUUUUACGUGUGAACAUUUAUCUGAUUAUUUAUUCCAGUGUCAUAACCCAAGUCUUCAGUAAUAAAGUCCUUAUGAUUUCAUACUCCACGGA